AUGGAGCUGGAGCACUUUGAUGAGCGCGACAAGGCGCAGCGUUACGCCCGCCGGGGCUCCAGGGGCAACGGGUUGCCCAGCCCCACUCACAGCGCCCACUGCAGUUUGUACCGAACCAGGACGCUGCAGGCGCUGAGUUCGGAAAAGAAGGCCAAGAAGGUCCGCUUCUACCGCAACGGCGACCGCUACUUCCAAGGGAUCGUGUACGCCAUUUCGCAGGACAGGUUCCGCUCCCUGGACGCGCUGCUAGCCGAUCUGACGCGAGCGCUGUCGGAUAACGUCAACCUGCCUCAGGGGGUUCGGACCAUAUACUCCGUCGAUGGGAUGACGAGGGUCGCCAGCAUGGAGCAGCUGCUGGAAGGAGAAAGCUACGUGUGUGCCUCCUUCGAGCCAUACAAGAAGGUGGACUACACCAAGAACGUCAACCCCAACUGGUCAGCCGGCGCCAGGACGGCGGCGGUAUCCCCCCGCGACCCGCCGUCCCUCGGCAGCGGGCGGGCCGGCUCGCCGGAAACCCGGGAGAGCAAGGACUUCAUCAAACCCAAGCUGGUCACCAUCGUGCGCAGCGGCGUCAAGCCCCGCAAGGCCGUGCGCGUGCUGCUCAACAAGAAGACGGCGCACUCCUUCGAGCAGGUCAUGACAGACAUCACGGACGCCAUCAAACUGGACAGCGGCACCGUCAAAAGGCUCUUCACGGUGGACGGCAAGACGGUGACGUGCCUUCAGGACUUUUUUGGGGAAGACGACAUCUUUUUUGCUUGUGGGCCCGAAAAGUACCGCUACCAAGAUGACUUCAGUUUGGACGAAAAUGAUUGCAGAGUGGCCAAGUCGGCCUCAUAUGGUCGGCUCCCCUCGGUGCACGGUCGUUGCUCUCCAAGAAGUGGCGCAAUGUCUCGCAGGAGCAAAUCACCUUCAUCGACUGGCUCAGCCAACGGAACUGCGGGCAGUCAGCUGUCCACUCCUCGAUCGGGGAAAUCCCCUUGCCCGUCUCCCACCAGUCCAGGCAGUCACAGGAGACGCCAGGGCUCGCAGCACAGCGGCUCGUCCCUCUCGCUGGCCUCCACCAAGGUGUGCAGCUCCAUGGACGAAGGCGACGGACCCAGCAGCGAAGGUGAGCCCAUGGACGAGUCGUCUGUCCCCGCAUCCAUCGCCGAGCGCUACAAAGUGGGCCGCACUUUAGGCAGCGGCAACUUUGCUGUGGUGCGAGAGUGCGUGGAGAGGGCCACGGGACGAGAAUUCGCCCUCAAGAUCAUCAGCAAGGAGAAAUGCAGGGGGAAGGAGCACAUGAUCCAGAGCGAGGUGUCCAUCCUUCGGCGUGUCAAACAUCCCAACAUCGUCCUGUUGAUCGAAGAGAUGGACACCGGCAAUGAGAUUUAUCUGGUCAUGGAGCUGGUUAAGGGGGGCGACCUGUUUGACGCCAUCACCUCGUCCAACAAGUACACGGAGCGGGACGCCGGCUGCAUGCUCUUUAACUUGGCCAGCGCCGUCAAGUACCUGCACGGCCUCAAUAUCGUCCACAGAGACGUCAAACCUGAAAACCUGCUGGUUUACCAGCACCACGACGGCAGCAAGUCUCUGAAGCUGGGCGAUUUUGGCCUGGCCACCGUCGUCAACGGUUACCUGUACACCGUGUGCGGCACGCCCACCUACGUGGCCCCGGAGAUCGUGGCUGAGAAGGGGUAUGGACUGAAGGUGGACAUUUGGGCUGCGGGUGUCAUCACGUACAUCCUGCUGUGCGGCUUCCCGCCUUUCAACUGCGACGGCGAGGAUCAGGACGUUUUGUUCCGAGAGAUCCUGAAAGCUCAACUGGAGUUCCCUUCACCGCACUGGGACGGCGUGUCGGACUCUGCCAAGGAGCUCAUCGGUGGCAUGCUGCAGGUGGACGUGGAGCAAAGGCUGUCGGCCGCGCAGGUGCUGGAGCACCCGUGGGUCAACGAGGACGGCGUGCCGGAGAACCAACAGCAGCUGCCGGUGGCCUUGAGGAUCAAGAAGAACUUCUACACCGGAGCCAAGUGCGGUAGCAGCAGCACGGCGGCGGGCGUCAUGCUCAUCACUAACACGCCGCUGGACAAAGAGAAGCAGGUGUUCCGUCCUCGACAACAUCAUCCCGACGCCAACUUCCCGCACGGCGCUCGCCCUCCCGUCUCCUCAGCGCCCGCCGUGGGCUGCAACCCCCCCGUCCUGUCCCCCGCCGACUUCACGUCCGAGUCGGACGACUAUUCUCCGGGUUCGGCCGACACUGUGCGCUCACCCGUGUCUCCGUUCUGAGCGGAUUGACUUGACUCAAGAGCGCCCCCACGAGCCACGAUUGUAUUUUUUUCCCCCCAAAUUGUGCGAAUGCUGAAGAGCAUUGGACCGCGUGGUUCUGCCAAUGGCAUCAUUGCCUUUUAAGCCAUGUUUGUAUGUUUUCAGAAAACGAGCUUUAGCAAGCUCACUGGGGCAAUUUUGCUCGGAGGGUAACAAAGUUAGCAUGAUUUGUCCAUUUUUUUUUUUUACAUUUCUACUUUCACAUUUGACUACCAGAUCAAACCAAUUUCAGACAAAUGGACAUCUAGCUCCAUUUCGCAACCAUUCCAACUUUCAUUUGGGACAUGGAAGGGAACCGUUGAGCAGACUUGCCUCCCUCAAACGUUAGCAAUGCAAGUCCCUUCUCGUUGCACAUUUCUUGAGCGCCUUCCAACUAAAUGACACAUUCCACUGUUGAACAAUGAACUCAAUUCCUGCUCAGGCAUUUCCUCACUUCAGCGUCAAGCUCUUCAGUAUUCACACGCAAUUUUCAAAACGAGUUAUCAUUGACAAGUUUGAGGUUAGACAACGAACAAUCUACUCGCUCACCUGUUGCAGCCGCCAGAAAGUGGUAGCGCUCUGGCGCCCGCUCGUGGUCAGGAUUGAGUACUGCAGGAACGGCAACCUGCAUGAUCUCACGUGACUUUCAGCGAGCUAUUGCUGCACUAUCGAGGGUUCCGCAUAAUGCAUCAUGUUCAAUUGAACCUUCCAGUGGACGGAGCCAAGAAUUUGCUGCUAUAAAGUUGUCACAGGUGUUGCCAAUGCUGCUUCUUUUUUUUUU